AAUUGAUUGACUUUUUAUAUAAACAAUUAAAAUUUGAGAAAAAUUACAAAAUUUCAUUUUGAAGAAUAUUUUAAUAAAAAAAGCUCAAACAAGAUUAUUUUGAAAUAAUUAACUUAAGAUGGAAAUCAAUUACGAUGAUGUUCUUACUCAAGAUUUUCCCUUCAUGUUAGAUCUCUGCCCCGUUCAAGCGUUUCCAGCAAAUUCCGAAGAACAAAAUUUAGCUCAAAAAUGGUUGGAGUAUUUGUGCACCUAUGAAGUUGAAGAUCUAAAUGAUAGACGUCUUAGAAAUAUUUAUAUCAGUCAUUUAUGUACCGCCUUAGUGCAGCGACAACUAUAUGGUCCAUUCCUUAAGGAACCAGUUAAGGGAGAGAAAUUAGAAAAAAUAGAUUUUCAUGCCGUGGCUGUGUGUCCUAAUACUAGUAUGGCUUUGCAACCAAAUGCUCAUUCCACCAUGCAGUUGCCAGCCAGGGAAACUUCAAAUUUUACCAUGACUCUGAAUCCCAGUAAACCUAGUGUUUUUAGUCCCGAACAGUCUUCUUAUACGGUGAUUAAUGCCACCAAGACUAUAAAUUCCACAGGCGUUGAAUCUCAGGGUCAAAUAUCUGUAGGUUCCACUAAUUUGUCGUUUAAUUUAACAACUGGUGGAGAUGGUACUAGUUCCCCUUGUAGCUGUCCACCCAAACCUUGUCAAUGUUCAGCUAUUCCAUGUAAUUGUAAUCGUUCUACUGCUGGUGCUGAUACACCACAUUCUCAAGAUGAAGAUAUUAUUUGUAAUUAUCUAAUGCAGCAGCUAAAUUUUACCCCUGAAUUUCUUAAUAAUUUUGAUGCCACUCUAACCUCUUUUAUGGAUUUGUGUAAAGUUACUUCAGUGGAGGGCAGAACACAAAAUCAAUCAAAAUUAUCUGUAACAACACACAAGCAUUAUUUUUUACCCAAAAACCCCUCCUCCCUGAAAGAAACAGAAACCGCUGACUCAUCAAAACAUCAGCUCGUAGAGACAAGAUCGGUUACAACGCCUCCUGAUUAUGAGGAAAUGCGUGAGGAUAUUAAUGAGUUAUUGGAGGCUAUAAAGGCCGAAUUAUGUGGAGAUUCUGAACCGGGCAGUAAUGAUUAUUUAGAUCGUGAAUUAUCACGUUAUAAAAGUUUUCUUAUGGCUAAUUCUUAUUUGGCGGAACAUUUGAAAUCUUUAACUUCGGAUAUAAAAUUACGCAAUUGUUUGUUAUUGAGUUUACAAAAUGAUUUAGUAAAAUUGUUAAAUGAAGAUAAAUAAAUUUGUAAUAAAAUUUCAAAA